AUGCUCUGCUAUAUCGGCUACGCUAUUGGAAUAUUUCCGUCCCUUCCCAAGAAUGAAUUCGGCGAGCUCACCAUUUCGUAUAUCUCUCAUGAAAUUAGUGCUGAAGGUUUUAGGGCUAUGCCCAAGAUCGCAAAGUCCGUUCAAGAGUUACCGUUCCCGACAACGCUCAAAAGAGUACAAGCCAAAGAAUCGUUCGAGAUUCUCAAGCGGAAAAUCGUGUCUACGCCUCUGUUGCGUCACCCCGACCGGUACAAGCCGUUCGUGAUCAUUCCACAUGCGAAUCGCUGGGCGGCCUGCGCCCGUCCUAGGACAAGAAUCUUACCCGUACGAUUCACCGGACGGGUGCUGAAUGAAACAGUGAUUAGGUAUCAUGAAGCAGAGAAAGAGGUGAUCGCGAUCAUGCGAGCAUUGGAUGUAUUCGAGAAUCUCGUCAGGGGAUGCCCGAUCAAGGUCUACACGCGGUAUUCCUCUAAGAGGGCCGAUGGACGUUGCGUCCGAUGGGAAGUGAUCUUGUCCCAUUGGGACUUGGAAGUCCACAAGGUUCAGAGCGACGAGGAUGGGUUGGCCGCUAUUAUGGGAGCAGGCAUCACCCCACGUGAGCACUUGGAUGAAGUAGCUGAAUCCCUGAUACCGCUCAAGGGGCGAGUGAAGCCCCAACCGGUUAUCAGCGUGGAGAUGUUGGAAGCAGACUUUGACGGUUACGUGUUGAGUUUCGACGGCGCUGUUAAGACGUCUACGCGUCAGGGCAGCUGUGGAUGUAUCAUCUGGAAACUCCCCGGGUGGAAGGUAGUGACGGUUCAAGGUUUCGUACUCGAAGAUGUCACUGUCAACGACGCAGAGUACCAUGGUCUACUCAAAGGUCUGACCAUGGUAGCCGAGCGGGACAUCCCAGAUGUGGUUGUUGUCGGAGACUCACGUAUCGUGAUACAGCAAGUGCAAGGGCUGAUUAACUGUAACCAGCCCCAUUUGCAACGGAGACUAGCAGAGUAUGGUGUUCUACGAGAAAAGUUCAAGUCGGUCCGGUUGGUACAUGUCAAGAGAGAAUACAACCAGGCGGCCGACUAUCUUACCUCGAAGACAUUGGCGGCUGGAGAAUCCUGGGUCGUGACCGACCCGGCCGAGAUGACGCACUUGGAAUAUUCAGUAGUCGUUCUGGACUCAGAAGCCCCCGCUCGAGAGACACCGCCUUGCGAACCAACUAGUGUUCAGCCAGGACCCGAGUCCGCGCCUAUACCAACCCCGGUUAGAAUCAUGACGGCCGUGACCCGGAGUCAUGCUCGCGGAAACCCCAGUCAGAGUGAUCCGAUGGGACCAUUGGAGUAUCAAGCGGACAGGUGGAGACGAAUCAAGGCGCACCAAGAUGAGGAUCACCGUCUCAAGAAGUUCUUGCGAGGUGAAGUGGAUAGUUUCUCUCGCGCGCAGAUACGUCGCCUCUCGAAGGAAGCUGACCUGUUCGUGUUAGACAGUGGAGACGUGUUGUUCCGUCUGAACCAUUCCGCUCAGGGGAGACCCAGAGAUCAGACGGACAUGUUACGAUUGGCAGUUCCAGAGACAUUACGGCAGGACAUAUUGCCCUACGCUCAUGAGGAUGUCCAAGGGGGUCAUCAGGGCAUAACACAUACGCAUGAGAAAUUCCGGACAGACUUCUAUUGGUAUGGAAUGUACGCGGAUGUGGAAGCGUUCGUCAAAGAAUGCAUUGUGCUAGCGGAAAGGGGCGCCCCUAACCAGGGGCCCUCCCCCGGGAACAUUGAUCCGACUCACCCAUUUGAGAUUGUCUCUAUGGAUUUCGUCACUCAUUUACCGGAGUCCGCCCGGGGCAACACUUUCUUGUUGCUUUUCCAGGAUAUGUUCUCAGGUUAUGUCAUGUGCAAGCCGAUGAGCUCAACCACUGCACAAGAGGUGGCUGAGGCGUAUGAAGAACGCGUUUUCCAGAUGGUUGGGGCGAGCUCCAUGAUACGCCACGACCAGGAUCCAAGGUUUAUGGACGAAGUGUUCAGACAACGAGCCACCCUCGGCUACAUGCCCCAAGCAAAUGGUCAACAGGAACGGUCUGUUCAGACGGUGAUUCGAAGUAAGUCCGAUUGGGACGUUCACGUCGAACGCCUGAUGUUCGCGUUGAAUACAUCCUUUGACGCAACCCGUCUGAACACACCGUUUUACCUGGUACACGGUUGGGACGCCCAAGGAACAGUGUUAGCAAUGCUCGGACCGAAACCAUCUGGUGUUGUCGAGCGAACCGCCGCGAUUACAGCUAUGCGCAAGCCUGUGCAGAAGGCCUAUAGCGGAAAGCCAAGCGAGAUCGAGCGAUCACCCAAACCCGGAAUCCUGUCGGAUCGGACCAAGGCAGGAUUUUCGGUCGGGGAUGCGAUAUGGCUAUACAUCCCGAAAGCCCAGCCAGGGUUGAGCCACAAGCUCGCUCACCUUUGGCAUGGACCUUUCCGGAUUGCCGAGGUGACCAACAAUUUUCGUGUAAGACUCAAGAUUGACGACACCGGCUACCGCGUGAACCCAUGGGUACACAUUAGUCGACUCAAGCCUCGAGCGUUGUUACCCAAACGACCGACAGUCCGGACGGAGAUCGACGAUGACGAUGAUCUGGAUGCAGCUCUGCUGCCGGAGGACAGUUGGGAAGUGGAUAACACCAACAACGAGUAUGAAGUCGAAGAGAUCCUGGACCUACGCUGGUCCAAGCGGACCCGCACUUCCAAGCGUAUCCGCGAAUAUCUCGUCAAGUGGAGAGGCUACGACGAGCCAGACUGGAUGCCACUUUCUCAGCUGAGCUGCGGUGCCCUGCUCUAUGAGUUCAAUCAAGGGGCGAAAGCCCGGGCACGUUUCCGAGCCAUCCAGGCUGGAGACGACCACCCGAGGUAG